UCCACAGUCUGCGAGAAGAUCAUGGAGCUGCUGGGGCAGAACGAGGUGGAGCGGCGGCAGCGGAAGGUGCUCAUCCUCAGCCAGGACAGCUUCUACAAGGUGCUGAGCGCCGAGCAGCAGGCCAAGGCGCUGAAGGGCCAGUACAACUUCGACCACCCGGAUGCUUUUGAUAAUGAUUUGAUGCAUACCACCCUGAAAAAUAUUGUUGAGGGGAAGACGGUUGAGGUACCAACCUACGACUUUGUGACCCAUUCUAGGCUGGCAGAGACGACGGUGGUCUAUCCAGCUGACGUUGUUCUCUUCGAGGGCAUCCUGGUUUUCUACAACCAAGACAUUCGGGACAUGUUCCAUCUCCGACUCUUUGUCGACACGGAUUCCGACGUCCGGCUGUCCCGCAGAGUUCUGCGAGAUAUGAAACGUGGGAGGGACCUUGAGCAGAUCCUCACCCAGUACACCACGUUCGUCAAGCCUGCCUUUGAGGAGUUCUGCUUACCGACAAAGAAGUAUGCAGAUGUGAUCAUCCCCCGAGGAGUUGACAACAUGGUUGCUAUAAACCUCAUAGUGCAGCACAUUCAGGACAUCCUAAACGGAGACAUCUGCAAGUGGCAGCGAGGGGCCAUGAACGGCCACGGUCGGACCUACAAGCGCCCGUUCCCCGAACAAACGGAGAGCAGCAGCGUGCUGGCGGCCGGCAAACGCUCCCACCUGGAGUCCAGCAGCCGUCCCCACUGACCUCUUGGCGUCUGCAGGAUCAGCCUCUGGUCCGUACCAACGCUGAAGACCAGUUUGGGAAAGGACUUCAACAGAAUGGUUGGUGAAGUGCCCUUUAAGUCCUCCUAGCA